AUGUUAAGGAGAAGACUAACUUCACUUCUGGAAACUUCCAUCCACAAUGCUUUAACUCCAACACACAUCAAAUCAAUCCAAUGGCCAAACCCUAACGAUAAUUUAAGAUCCUUAUUUGGGUCCCACAGUGCUAGAGCUUAUAGCCUUUUGGCUCUGAAUGAUCUGAGAGCAGAAGACACGCAAGGGUCGGGGAAGGGGAAGACUGCUGGAAGAGGUCAUAAGGGUCAGAAAGCGAGAGGGACAAUGAAAUUUGGGUUUGAAGGUGGCCAAACUCCUCUCAGGCGGCAUCUGCCAAAGCGCGGUUUUAAGAAUCCGUUUAGCCUCACCUUUCAGGUCCCUUUGUUUCUUCUUAUAAACUUAUGUGCUGAUGUUGUAAUGUAG